CCGCGGCCGUAGAGGAAGCGGCCGGGAGACGCCCCCCGCCCCCAGCUCGCCCGAGUUUGCUCGGCUGGCCUCGCGGGCUGGGGCUCCCGCUCGCCAGCGCCCAGGGCGGCUCAGCCCCGGAGCAUGGUGCCGGCGCCCGGCUCGCUCUAAUCGUUCCUCUCCCUCCUCCUCUCGCUCCUCCCGUCGCUCCGGUCCCUCCCGUCCCUCCCGCGGGUGCUGCCUCUGGCUUCUCUGCGAGAGGGAGUUACAACUCUCUGCUUCUCCACGGAGACUGGCCGGUGACCACCCGACAAGAACUUGCCCAUUGGAAAGCAAGCCCGGAACAGCCGGAGAAUGUCCACCCCGAGCAGAUUCAAGAAGGACAAAGAGAUCAUAGCCGAGUAUGAAAGUCAAGUCAAAGAAAUCCGAGCCCAGCUGGUAGAACAACAAAAAUGCCUGGAGCAGCAGACAGAGAUGCGAGUUCAGCUGCUCCAGGACCUACAAGAUUUCUUCCGGAAAAAAGCGGAAAUCGAGACGGAAUAUUCUCGGAACCUGGAGAAGCUGGCAGAAAGGUUCAUGGCCAAAACAAGGAGCACUAAGGACCAUCAACAGUUCAAGAAAGACCAGAACCUGUUGUCUCCAGUGAACUGCUGGUAUUUGCUCCUGAACCAAGUGAGAAGAGAGAGCAAAGACCACGCCACCUUGAGUGACAUCUAUCUGAACAAUGUCAUCAUGCGGUUCAUGCAGAUAAGUGAGGAUUCCACCCGGAUGUUUAAAAAGAGCAAAGAGAUUGCGUUCCAGCUUCACGAGGACCUCAUGAAGGUUCUGAAUGAGCUCUACACGGUGAUGAAAACCUACCACAUGUACCACUCAGAGAGCAUCAGUGCAGAGAGUAAGCUGAAAGAAGCCGAGAAACAAGAGGAGAAGCAGAUCGGGAGAUCCGGCGACCCGGUCUUCCACAUUAGGCUGGAAGAGAGGCAUCAGCGGCGGAGCUCUGUGAAGAAAAUUGAAAAAAUGAAGGAAAAGAGACAAGCAAAAUAUUCAGAAAAUAAGCUGAAAUCGAUCAAAGCCCGCAAUGAGUAUCUCCUAACACUUGAAGCAACCAACGCCUCUGUGUUCAAGUACUACAUCCAUGAUCUUUCAGACUUAAUCGACUGCUGUGAUCUCGGCUACCAUGCAAGUCUGAACAGAGCCCUCAGAACAUACCUCUCGGCGGAGUACAACCUUGAAACCUCCAGACACGAAGGCUUAGACAUCAUUGAAAAUGCUGUGGACAAUUUAGAGCCCAGGAGUGACAAGCAGAGGUUCAUGGAGAUGUACCCUGCGGCGUUCUGCCCGCCAAUGAAAUUCGAGUUUCAGUCUCACAUGGGUGAUGAGGUGUGUCAGGUCAGCGCCCAGCAGCCCGUCCAGGCGGAGCUCAUGCUCAGGAACCAACAGCUGCAGUCCCGACUGGCCACACUCAAGAUCGAAAGCGAGGAGGUCAAGAAAACGACAGAAGCCACCCUCCAGACGAUCCAAGAUAUGGUCACCAUUGAGGACUACGAUGUGUCUGAGUGUUUCCAGCACAGCCGAUCCACAGAGUCUGUGAAGUCCACCGUGUCAGAAACCUACCUGAGUAAACCCAGCAUCGCCAAGAGACGAGCCAACCAGCAAGAAACGGAGCAGUUCUACUUCAUGAAACUUCGAGAGUUCCUGGAAGGCAGUAAUCUCAUCACAAAGCUGCAGGCUAAGCAUGACUUGCUGCAGAGGACUCUCGGAGAAGGCCAUAGAGCUGAAUAUAUGACUACAAGGCCUCCAAACGUCCCCCCUAAGCCCCAGAAACACAGGAAGUCCAGGCCCCGCUCCCAGUAUAAUGCUAAGUUGUUUAAUGGGGAUUUGGAGACAUUCGUCAAGGACUCAGGCCAGGUUAUCCCUCUCAUUGUGGAAAGCUGCAUCCGAUUCAUUAAUCUCUAUGGCCUUCAGCACCAGGGGAUUUUCAGAGUGUCUGGCUCCCAGGUGGAAGUGAACGAUAUCAAGAAUUCUUUCGAGAGAGGUGAGAACCCUCUGUCCGACGAGCAGAGCAACCACGAUAUCAACUCGGUGGCCGGCGUGCUGAAGCUGUAUUUCCGAGGGCUGGAAAACCCCCUCUUUCCUAAGGAAAGGUUUACUGACCUGAUUUCCUGUAUCAGAAUAGAUAACCUCUAUGAGAGAGCACUCCACAUCCGCAAACUCCUCCUGACCUUGCCCAGGUCCGUCCUUAUAGUGAUGAGGUACCUGUUUGCCUUCCUCAAUCACCUCUCCCAGUACAGUGACGAGAACAUGAUGGACCCUUACAACCUGGCCAUUUGCUUCGGCCCGACACUGAUGCCGGUUCCGGAGAUACAGGACCAAGUGUCUUGCCAGGCACACGUGAACGAAAUUGUGAAGACCAUCAUUAUCCAUCACGAGACUAUUUUCCCAGAUGCUAAAGAACUGGAUGGCCCCGUGUAUGAGAAAUGCAUGGCCGGAGGCGACUACUGUGACAGCCCCUACAGUGAGCAUGGUACAUUGGAGGAGGUGGACCAAGACGCCGGCACAGAGCCCCACACCAGUGAAGACGAGUGUGAGCCCAUCGAAGCCAUAGCCAAGUUUGACUACGUCGGGCGGUCAGCUAGAGAGUUGUCAUUCAAGAAGGGUGCAUCCCUGCUGCUGUAUCACCGAGCCUCCGAGGACUGGUGGGAAGGCAGACACAAUGGGAUCGAUGGCCUUGUGCCUCAUCAGUACAUAGUCGUGCAAGAUAUGGACGAUACAUUUUCAGACACGCUGAGCCAAAAAGCCGACAGCGAAGCCAGCAGCGGGCCAGUCACUGAAGACAAGUCCUCAUCCAAGGACAUGAACUCCCCGACUGACCGCCAUUCUGAUAGCUAUUUAGCCAGACAAAGAAAGAGAGGAGAGCCACCCCCUCCAGGAAGACGUCCUGGCAGGACCAGCGAUGGCCAUUGUCCCCUGCAUCCCCCGCAUGCUCUGUCUAACUCCUCAAUUGAUCUGGGAUCCCCAAACCUAGCCAGUCACCCCAGGGGCCUGUUGCAGAACCGUGGCCUCAAUAAUGACAGUCCUGAGAGGCGGCGCCGGCCGGGCCACGGCAGCCUGACCAACAUCAGCCGGCACGACUCCCUCAAGAAGAUCGACAGCCCUCCUAUCCGGAGGUCCACAUCAUCAGGGCAGUACACAGGCUUCAAUGACCACAAGCCACUGGACCCUGAGACGAUUGCUCAGGAUAUUGAGGAGACCAUGAACACUGCUUUGAACGAACUCCGUGAACUCGAGAGGCAGAGCACGGUGAAGCACGCCCCCGAUGUCGUGCUAGACACCUUGGAGCAAGUGAAGAACUCGCCCACCCCUGCGACUUCCACAGAAUCACUCAGCCCGCUGCACAACGUCGCCCUCAGGGGCUCAGAGCCACAGAUUCGCCGGAGCACCAGCUCCUCCAGCGAGACAAUGAGUACUUUCAAGCCUAUGGUGGCACCCCGGAUGGGCGUUCAGCUGAAGCCCCCAGCCCUUAGGCCAAAGCCUGCUGUUCUUCCAAAAACAAACCCUACCAUGGGACCUGCCGCACCUUCCCAGGGUCCCACAGAUAAGUCUUGCACGAUGUAAAAACAAAGGUCGUGAGGGGAGGGGGGGAUGUCUGAAGAUGAAAAUGAGUUAGUGGCAAGAGUGGGUGAUCCACAACCAUCCCCAGUCUCACGCUUUUAACUGGAGAGUUUGGCUUUUCUAUGUUGUGUCGAAUGUAAUGAUGUCUGGGACUAGCUAAAUUAACAUGGGCAUUUGUAUUUUGUAAUUUUUUUUUAAUAACUGGACAUUAUCGUCGUUUUAAAGACAAUAGAAACACUUAGACUUACUUGAAAAAUCCAAUGCUGCACCCUUGUAAUGAAGGCAACACCUCACCCAACACUGCGUAUGGCUUCAAAUUUAGUGUAGCCCAGGUGAGUGUCCCGGAAGCAAGAGAACCCGAAUCCCAGGUCUUACUGGAGUGUCAUCACCUGCCACGCAUGGUCUGUGACACUUGUGGGAUGAGCACUCAUUGCCUAGCAACCGACAACAAGCACCUCUAACCCAGUCCAGAGUGGCAGCCCGCACCUGAUGAAGGUCACAGAGGGAGGCUCCCGUGGGACCUUCAGUUCAUGGCUUGAAGGAGUUCAGUGGUGGACCCUUCCAUAAAACUCAUUUCCCUGGAUCCAGGUUAAAGACUCAGUGGAAGUGUGUAGAAGAUACUCGGACGUUGCUUGAACUGAAGCUGGAAGAGGCAGUAAGGGAAACUGUCUCCAUGGCUGUUGACAUGGUUCCCUCAAAGACCUCGAUCAGCCCCGGAGAAGUCCAAGUCCACCCCUCCCCCCCUUACACUUACAAUGGACUAGAGCAGCCGGGUCAUAAGGACUUUCUUGUUACACCACAAACUCCUGCAGAUGUUUUCAAUAACUGCCUGAGAAAUAUGUCUGCCUUCCCCUAAAUCCCCCCCACAACCAGACAGGAAAUGAAUCCUUGGUUCCUUUAUGCCACAAAGGCCCAGUGGUCCCCAAUCGGAAGCCCCAGCUCUGCUAGCCACAGCUCUCUCUGAGCCAAGCCAGAUCUGACUACAGUACUGAGCGAGAGCUAUGUGAGGCCACCAUGGGAAGACAACCUUGUGGUGCCGGGAUGGUGCCUUCCCAGUUUUGUACCUCAGAAUCAUGACUUCUGUUCUCCUCCUGUUUGUGUUUCCCUUUUGAAUUUUGCAUUAUGAUCUCUACAGACCUCCUGUAGUCCAGUGGGCUCCAUUGGGUAUUUUUCC